CCGCACACGUGCACAGCUCGCAUUCUGCACACCGUCCACCAGCAUGGCUUGAUAGAAACCGUCCUAUCAACUGUCUCUUCAGUUGGUAGACAGUAAACCAGGGACUGAUUUGAGAGGACGCUGGGAAGACUUGACUAGUCUAAGACAAAUGAUAAUAUUUGGAUCAGGAGGGGUGGGCUUAUAAUUUGAUACGACAUGGAGAUACUGGCGCGGGUAACGGUUGACUUGCUAUAACCGUGCCUGAGAUGGGAGGAAAGUACAGCCGAGAGGAAGGGAGGUGGCCUGGGUGUUGCCAAUGCUACUCUAGGCUCUGUAGAGAACAAAAAGAGAGUGUUGAAAAGAUGCCCUUGGGUUUCUGUGAUAUCAAGGCACACAACUUGUGCUUUGGUACUCAGAAUCCUGCGUAUUUAGACGUGCCAUACUUUCCUGACAAUGAUCUGCACAUGGCAGUCUGUGCGGGAGACUUAUCUUUUGUGCGGCAGUACACUCUAGGGAAGUACGAAGUCAAUCACAGAGACGAGGAGAAUAGGAAUGCCUUGCACUUUGCCUGUUUCUAUGGACAUCUAGAAAUGGUGAAUUACCUCUGGAGGCGUGGGUGUGAGAUUAAUGUGUGUGACAACCAUAAUAUCACACCUCUGAUGAAGGCUGUCCAGAGCUGGGAAGAGGAAAUCGUGUGCUAUCUGCUAGAGCGUCAUGCUAACGUGCAUAUUAAAGACAACAGUGGUAACACUGCUCUCCACUAUGCAGUGUAUGGCGGGGAGCCAGCAAUGGCUGCCAGGCUUCUACAGUAUGGAGCAAAUAUUGAGGAAAGAACGAAAGAUAACCUCACACCACUAUUGCUUGCUCUGAGGGAAAACAGACUGAAUAUGGCACAAUUUUUAGUAAAAAUGGAAGCAAGUGUACAUGCAGUUGAUUCUCACGGAAGAAAUUCUCUAAUGUAUGCCGUAAGAUGUGAUUCAUCAGUUAUGGUCAACCUUCUUCUUCAACAAGGUGUUGACAUAAAUUUUAAAGAUUCUUUUGGAUGGACUGCUUUACGUUAUGCUAUUGAAGGUGAUCGGGAGGUGCGGACAGUACUUUUGAAGUAUGAGCAUAACCUAAUACAAAGCUUAAGAGAGAACAACUCAGCACGUCAGAGUUCUGAAAACAACUCUUCAAUCAGGCCUACCAACGAAGCUGGUGCUGGAACGUCCUCACCUACAGCCAACAAGAAUAUGAUUGAAAUGCAAGACCCACUUAAAAGCAAUGAAGCAGGAGUGAAGAAGACAGAAACAUGUAAACCAGCAAAUGAAAUCCCAGAACUAGCACCUGCUUCCUCCGCACCGGUCUCCUUCCCUCGCCCCUUUGUCUGUGGCCAUCAGCUGACAUUAGAAGACACGGAAAGAGAAGUCAGGCCAGAGUGCCAGACUGUAUGCCAGGCACGGCUUUGCUCAUCUGCUGUGGCACAGAUCUGAAGAGCCUUUCAUUCCUGCCAUGAAGACGUUUUACACUACACUGGCUGAAAACACGUGAGACAGUCUGCAAAUGAAAAACGGUUAUUUUCCUCAUUUGAAAAUCACUGAAAAAGGGAAGAGUCAGAGGAAAACCUGGCAGGCAUUUGCGCUUCAAAAGGCUUUUUGUGCAAGAGCACCACCCAAUCACAAGCCUGGGUUCAGAUCUAUGCCAGCCAAGGACUAUGAUUUCCUCUGCCAUGGCAGGUCUUCUUGCACCUGGUUAUACUAAGUACAUUAAAGUGCAGUAUAAAA